GGGAACAAACCCUGAAGACGGAUUGAUUCCUUGUUCAGCUUGAGCUCCCAAGCCAGGGCUGAGGACCUGAUCAGCAGGCGACGAAUGAUGAAAGGAUGAAGUAAAGACAAUCAUCAUGGCUGGUACUAGAUAUUUGGCUUCACCUGUCCUUCUGAAACAGAUUCUGUUCUGUGGAGAGCUGCGGAGACAUGUCCUCUUUCCAUUGAAGUCAAGACAGCAAGGAACUAUUUUAUCAAGUCACAUCCAUCAUUCUACAAUGGGAAGACUAUGCUCUGGUGGCACUUCUACUGAGGUAAUAGGAAACCUGUUCCUGUCAAGAAAGAGGAGGGUGUGUUCCCCUGAUGUAGGGGUGAGUUAUCCAUUUCCAUUAAAUCUUCAAACUUCUGUAUUUUGCAAAGUUUGGAAUACAAAGUGUGAACUCCACGAUGCAGCCCCUUUUUCUUCAGAUAUCAUUAGCACCAGUCUAAGUAGCACUGAUGUCAAGUCCAAAGUAAUUACUCUCAUAGAAACUGAAGAUGAUUUGGACAUCUUUAUGAGCCAAGUCACAUCAGAAUUGAAUUUAUCAGAAACUUCAACAACAUCUAUGCAGAUUCUCAGACCCCUGGUUCAAAAGCUUGUCAGUAUGGAUUGUGAUUGCAGAGGCAUAUCUGCAAUGCUAGUAGCUAAUCCUGGGAUAUUAUCUGUACAGAUGGAUAGACUUCUUGGCAACAUUGAUUAUCUUCAUGUGCUUGGAUUGAACUACAGACAAUUAUUGAAGACCCUUGAUAGAAACGCAAGGUUGGGGAAGGCAUCGCUUCAGAAUCUUCAGAGCAGAGUCAAACAGCUCAGGAAGCUUGGGUUUGUGGAAGGGCAACUACAGAGGUUGAUUGCUGAUUGGCCACACGUACUGACCAUGGGUAGUGUCCAGUUGAAUGCUGUGGUCAAGUUACUGAUGGAGAAGUGCAGAUUCCCCAGGGCGGAAGUCUUGACCAUAUUAUCAGACAGUCCAGCAGUCUUGAAAGAAGACCUACAGAGUAUUGAACUUGGUUUCCAGUAUUGCUACUUCAGGAUGGGUAUCCAGAACAACUCCGAGAUGACCCAAGCCAAGAUCUUUAAGUACUCCCUUGAUCACCUACGCUGCAGACACCUUCUCCUUGAGAGACUAGGUCUGUAUGCUCCACCCAAUAAUAGAGGGCACUUUGCAACAAAGAACCCAAGCUUGUCAAGGAUCAUUGAUAGCUCUGAUGGAAGGUUUACAGAGAAGGUUGCCAAGAUCACUAUGGAAGAAUAUGAAGCGUUCAGCAAGAUUCUCCUUGAGGAAAUCAAGGUUGAACAGUUCAACAAAGAUCAUCUUGGUGGAGGAAAUCUUGAUGAGUUCACAGAUGAAGACAGCCAUUAUGAUGAUAGUGAGGAUAGUAUUGACUCUGAUAGUGAGUUUUGGGAUACAGAUGAUACUGUCUCUCAAACGCAACCAUUUGACUUUGACAAAGUUGAUUACAGAAAGAAAAGGUGAUGGGUUUUAUCAUUUGAACUUUCCUGAAUCUGCACCAGGUAUAAUCAUGGAGCAAAAAAUUAACCAUUAAUGCGGCAACCUGACACAACUGAGUAAAGUUUUUUCAAAAACUUCCCUUUGACAGUUUAUUUAGUAAAUUUCCUUUCCUUUGUUAAAGGGAACCAAAAUAUAGGGAGAAAAUAUCUCUUAUCAGAAAGAAUAAAAUGAGAGAAUAAAUCUGAAACUUGUUUUAUCAAAAUUGGUUCUAAAAUAAGUGAGUUAUGGAAGUUUGAAAACUUGUUUCUAUGGGGAUCCUCAAAUUGGCAAACGUGCUUCAAAAUGGCCGAUUUUGUGGACAAAUCUCCAUUUGUUUCGUACACAAAUUUUCAGAUUUU